AUGCUCAGACGCGAGUACCUUGGGUCGAGAAAUAUCGCCCGAAGGAAGGUCAGUGACAUCGUCUACCAGAAAGAAGUUGUCGCGGUGCUCAAAAAGGUUUUGGAUGGAUCCGACAUGCCAAAUAUACUGCUGUACGGUCCUCCGGGUACUGGAAAAACCUCUGCUGCUAUUGCUUUCUGUCGCCAAUUGUUCCCAAGCCCUGAAUUGUAUCGAGACCGCGUCCUUGAAUUAAAUGCUUCUGACGAAAGAGGCAUACAAGUUGUACGAACAAGGAUCAAAGAUUUUGCACAUCGUGCAGUAUCUAAGGCUGGUGUCCCUCUGAAAAUCGUAAUUGAGGCACGUCUCGUGGAUGGAUCCGACGAGUAUAUUCAGCUGUUGGACUUGAUCUUCUGCAUUCAGUGGUAUUUCACCCACUAA